AUGGCUAACAACAACAGAAAACCAUCAGGUGCAUUGGUAGUAGUUGCAAUUGGGUUCAUCUUUCUGAACCUCAUUGGUCACUGCUAUGGUGAUCUCCAAUUUGGUUUCUACAAAGCCAAGUGUGGGUCUGCAGAUGUUGAAGACAUUGUAAGAAAGACGGUCAUUGGCAAGUUCUUCUUUGACAAAACAAUCGCCCCAGCUCUCGUCCGCAUGCAGUUCCAUGAUUGCUUCGUCAAUGGGUGUGAUGCUUCGAUUCUGCUAGACGGAACCAACUCUGAGAAAACCGCCCCACCAAACUUGAGCGUUAGGGGGUACGAUGUGAUUGAUGCUGCUAAAUCCGCGGUGGAGAGGGCGUGCCCAGGAGUGGUUUCUUGUGCUGAUAUAAUCAUUAUGGCCACAAGAGACGUCGUUGCCCUGAGUGGUGGAGGUAGAUACAGUGUUCAAACAGGAAGAAGGGACGGAUUUGUGUCUCUUGCGCAAAAUACUAGGACCCUCCCCCCUCCUUCUACAACAGUGUCGAGCGCGAUUCAAGCUUUUGCUAACAAAGGACUCACCGCCACCGAUAUGAUCUAUCUUCUUGGAGGUCACACUAUUGGGAUUGCACAUUGUUCAUUAUUUCAAGAUCGUCUUUACAACUUCCAGAACACCGGAAAACCCGACCCAACCAUGGAUUCAACCCUGUUAUGGUCUUUGAGGCGUACCUGCGUUCAGAAUGCAACAGUUGACCGCACCGCGAACUUGGAUCAAAACUCCUUUAGCUCCUCACUCGUUGACAAAUCUUACUACAGUCAGAUAAUGUUGCGUAGGGGAGUUCUUCAAAUUGAUCAACAAUUAGCAUUAGAUAGCCUAAGCAAGUCAACGGUCAAAGCCAUUGCUGGUUCCUCUGAUUUCAACUUCAAGUUUGGUCAAGCCAUGGUUAAGUUGGGUGCAACCCAGGUCCUUACAGGAACCCAAGGCGAGAUAAGGAAAUCAUGCAGAUCAGUCAACUCUCCCACUUUGACUUCGUUGUUUAAUUAA